AUGGAGACUCCUAAAGGCAUCGAACUCACUCCUGCACCUACCCUUGUGGUAGAUCCCAUAAACGAGAAGGAAAAGUCUAUUAUCGAAGAGGCUGAAGUCACUGAGCUCGCAAACACCAAAGCCCUCCGAAAGUAUGCGUUGCUCGCAGUCUUCUGUCUGGGUCAAUUUCUUGAUACCAUGAACAACUCGGCCAUGUUCCCAGCUAUCCCAGCCAUUUCGCAUCAAGUUGGUCUGACUGAGAGCGACUCCGUCUGGCUUUUUGCCGCAUAUCAGGCAACAUUCGCCUCGUUCUUGCUCAUUAGUGGACGUAUUUCUGACGUAUACAACCCCAAACCUGUUUUCAUCUUGGGCACUGCGUUCUUCGGACUUAUUUCGCUUGGUGGAGGUUUCAUCAACGAUAAGAUUCCGUUGUUAGUCCUGCGAGCUCUACAGGGAAUUGGUGCAUCGCUUACCAUUCCCUCUUCCCUCAACCUGAUCAUCCAACUGUUCCCGGAUCCUCAGGAACAAAGUCGAGCGAUUGGCUUGUUUGGCGCCAUGGGAGCCAUCGGAAAUGUACUUGGAACCAUUGUUGGUGCCGUUCUUGUGAAUACACUUCAUGGAGUCAUUUGCAUCAUUUUGAUUCCCAAGACCGCGCAGAACAAAGAGAAUAAGAAGUCGACCUUUGACUUCGUUGGCGUGUUCCUCCUCACAGUGCGGUUAUUCUUAGCACUUGCCGUAGCAUUCUUCUUCUGGGAAGCCCGUAUCGAUGAGGAUAGUGCAGCAUUACCUCCAAAGCUGUGGUUCUACAAGAACUUCGCUGUUCUCUUUGGAGUUGCCCUCAUGCCAUAUUUCUGGUGGGUUCAAAUCUACCUCACCUUUUCGGCAUAUUGGCAAGAUCAUCUGCACUGGUCGAGCAUCAUCGCUGGAGUCAAGUUCUUGCCUCUUGGAAUCGUUGCCGGUCCUAUCAUGGUCAACGCUGGACGCAUUGCUCGCAUCGGCCAGCCCAAGUGGAUGAUCUUGGGUGGUUUAACGGCAGCAUUCAUUGCAACCAUCUUGCUUCCAUUUUCUGAUCGCCCUCAUGACCGUUACUGGCCACUCGAUUUCCCGGCAUUCAUCAUCGGUACUGCUGGCACUUCAAUCGCCUUUGUUCUCACCAAUAUCAAUAUCUUCCGCACUACUCCAUCCCGGUAUGCCGGCACAGUUGGCGCUGUUUUCAACGCAGCCCUUCAACUCGGAAGUGCUAUAGGCACCUCUGCGACCACUUCUAUCCAAGCCUCGGUAGACGUACGGAACGUUGGGAAGGAGGGUUCCACCGGAUUCGAGGGACGCUCUGCGGCUCUUUGGUUCUUGCUUGCCUGGGUCGGGCUCGAGAUCAUUGGAGUUGCGGUGUUCUUCCAACGCUCCGCAAAGUCCCCCCUUGACGAAGAAGCGGCAGAAGGAAAGGCGGGGCCCAAGGUCGUGGUCCAUUAG